AUGACAGACUCCGGAGAGGAUGGUCUGGAGCAUGACAAAACUCCCUCACAACACAUCCCAAAGCCAUGGGUGAUUCCUGUGCCAAAGGGAACCCUCCAGCGCAUCUUUGGGACCAGCCAAAUCUUCCAGAACUUUGAUGAUGUAAAACCAAAGGCUACAGGGUUAACUGUGCCCCUCAAAGUCAGGGAAUACUACCAUCGAGCUCAUCAGUGCUUGGAGCAAGAGGACUGGGAGAUGGCCGUGCUCUUCUUCUCCCGCGCCCUCCACCUGGACCCCCAGCUGGUAGAAUUCUAUGCCUUAAGAGCCGAGGCUUAUAUCCAGCUCUGCGACUUCUCCUCGGCCGCCCAGAACCUUCGAAAGGCCUACCACUCCCAGCCAGAGAACAACAACUACCUGGAGCGGCUCGCCCUGGUGCUUUACCUGAAGGGCCAGUGCCUUUUUGAGCAAUGUGCCUUUCUGGAUGCCUUGACCGUCUUCUCCCAAGCCUCUGAGCUCCAGCCUGAGAAAUUCUGCUUCCGGUAUCGAUGCAUGGCCUGUCUCCUGGCCCUCAAAAAGCAUCGUGAAUGCCUCUCAUUCGUCACAAAGGAGGUGAAGCAAGGCACCACCAAUGCGGAUGUCUACAUCCUCCGGGCCAGGCUCUACAACUUCUUCCAGAAGCCCAACCUCUGCUAUCGAGACCUACACAGUGCCUUGCUAUUGGAUCCCAAGCACCCACAGGCCAAGGUGCUGCUCCAGGUGAUGGUGGGCCAGGCCGAGCAGGCACGCCAAGAUGCCGGGGUCCUGGCAGUGCAGGGCAAGUUGCAACAUGCGCUGCAGUGCAUCAACUGUGCCAUUGAGAACAACCCUCUGGACCCCAGCUUCUUCCUCUUCCGGGGCACCAUGUACCGACGGCUCCAGGAUUUUGACUUGGCAGUGGAGGACUUCCUGAAGGCGCUGGACAUGAUGAGCGAGCACCAAGAGGAGCUGGUUCAGCAGGCCCAGCGCCAACUGCUGCUGGCCUACAACGACUUCGCGGUGCACUGCUACAUGCAGGGCGCCUACCAGGAGAGCGUGCUGCUGCUCAACAAGGCGCUCAGGGACGAGCAGCAGGAGAAAGGACUCUACAUCAACCGCGGCGAUUGCUUCUUCCAGCUGGGCAACCUGACCUUUGCUGAGGCGGAUUACCAGCAGGCGCUGGCACUGAGUCCGAGGGACGAGGGCGCCCACCUGCGCAUGGGCCUGUUGCAGGAGAAGUUGGGCUUCUGCGAGCACCAGAGCAGGCAGUUCCAGAAGGCAGAGAACCACUUCUCAAUGGCCAUCCAGCACAAUCCCCAGAAGCCCCAGUACUACCUGUACCGCGCCAGGAGCCGGCAGCUCCUGCAGAACAUUUUUGGAGCCCGCCAGGAUGUUGCCACUGUUCUGCUCCUUGACCCCAAGCAACCCAAGCUACUUCCGCUGAUGACCAACCUUUUCCCCGGCAUGUCAGUGGAAGAGGUGCUAAGCAGCCAGGUGGCGAACCUGGCUAGGUUGCAGCUGGAGCGAAUGGUGGAGCACAGGGUGUACACCAGCACCCCCCAGGACAUCCUGGGGCGGCUCAAGGAUCGGGAACAGAGGGCCCGGGCCCUGAUCCUCUCUUGGAAGCAGGAGCCACCUUUACUGGAGACCCCCAAGGAGAUGGAGGCCCCUCUCCAGUUCCCGCAGGCAAAGCCAGAAGGCCCAGAGGAAGAGGUGCAGGUUCCUGGGAAGAAGGAGAAGCUGAAGCCAGCCCCCAGCAAGGAGUCAUCCUUGACCGACAGCUACAUCAGCCAGACCUCUUUAGGCUCCACCUUGGGCUUCAGAACCAGGUCCACCUCGGAGACGGAGACGUCCAGUAUGGGUCAGGAGUACAGGAGCACUUCCACCACUGUUGUGACAGUCUCUGACUCCUCACUGCUAAGGACACAGUCCUCAGACUCGGGGGACAGCAGGAAAGACCUAAGCCUGAACCACAGCCCCAGAGAAACCAAGUCCACCCCAGGCCACCACCAGAGGCCCAGCAAGACGGAGGUCGCCCUUAUCCAAAGCCAGAGGCCCAGCAAGACGGACGCCACUGAGAUUCAAAGCUGGAGGUCCAGCAAGAUGGAGGCCAUCCACAUCCAAAGCCAGAGGUCCAGCACGACGGACGCCACCCAGAUUCAAAGCCAGAGGCCCAGCAAGACAGACGCCGCCCAGAUUCAAAGCCAGAGGCCCAGCAAGACGGACGCCACCCAGAUUCAAAGCCAGAGACCCAGCAAGACGGAUGCCACCCAGAUUCAAAGCCAGAGGCCCAGCAAGAUGGAGGCUGCCCUCAUCCACAGCCAGAGGCCCAGCAAGGCGGAUGCCACCCAGAUUCAAAGCCAGAGGCCCAGCAAGACAGAUGCCACCCAGAUUCAAAGCCAGAAGCCCAGGAAGAUGGAGGCUGCCCUCAUCCACAGCCAGAGGCCCAGCAGGACAGAGGCUACCCUCAUCCACAGCCAGAGGCCUAGCAAGACGGACACCACCCAGAUUCAAAACCAGAGGCCCAGCAGGACAGAGGCUGCCUGGAGCCCAAGGCAAAAGCUCAACAAGACCCAGGCCACCCAGGGCUCAAGGCGGAGGCUCAGAAAGUCCAAGGGUGCCGAUGGUCAGAGCUGGAGACUCAGAAAGGCAGCUGCCACCCAGGACCAAAGCUGGAGAAUGAUCCAAAGUCCCAGCAAGAUCAACACUUCCUAUGACUCAAGUUGGAGCCCCUCCAACACUGAGGCCACCAAGGGCCAGGCUCAGAGUCAGAGGCCCAGCCAGUCCAAGGCAGCCCAGAGCCAGAGCACAAGCCCAGGUUCCAGCAAGACCGAGGUCCCCUGGAGACUGAACCCGAGUCUCAGCAACAUGCAGACCGCCCAGGGCCCAAGACGGAAGCCCAGCCCCGGCAGUGAGGCUGCUCUCUGAAAGGGAUGCUCAGCCCUUCACUUCUUGC